UUCCAAUAACGUGGUUGUUUCAAUCUCCUGUCAUAAAACCUGAAUCAUCAAUGCCACGAAACAUUUAAAUUGCAUUCCCGUUCGCAUUACUUGAUAGCUCAUUAUUUAUAGUGAUAUGUCGGUGCCACACAGGAACCAAAUAGGUUUCCUGCAACAGCCUUGGAACCAGGAAACGAGAUUAGAUCGACAAAUGUGCUGCGGCUGUGCUGCAGUCAUGUCCGACUUCCGGCUGAAACUGAGAAGAUUACAUAAAUCUAUCAUCAGUUGUAAAACUUAAUCACGUAAUCGAUGAAAAAUAAUAGAAAUCGUAUCCCUGACUCGUCAACACCUGCGGCACAAAAUGGCGCCAAUGAAAUCGUCAGCCAUCCAAUUGCUCGGGUUGACAAUUCGGAUCAAUCCAUCUAAAAACAAGCAAUAGCCCAGUGAUGUGACAAUACAUUGUGACCAAAAAAAAGUGAAAAAACUCCCUCCGUCAACCAAAAGGAAAGUUAACCGCGAGGCAAGAACGACCUCGCUACAAUCAUCUUAAACGCCAAAGUAUCUCUCUUUUAAGAGACACGUCAGGUAAAAAAACCUUCGAAUAAGCGUUCCACCGUUGUCGCCUUCCUCGGCAUUCCUUAUGCUCAGCCGCCUGUAGGACCACUCCGUUUCCGGAUGCCCGAAGAAAUUCAGCCAUCAAACAAGGCCAUCAUCGCCACCCAAUUUGGGCCAGCGUGCCCACAACCUGACAUGGAUCGAUUGAAAACGUCAGAAGAUUGUCUUUUCGUGAACGUUUGGGUUCCAGAGCUACCAGUGGACUUCAAGACCUAUCCGGUUAUUGUGUUUCUGGAAGGUGAAAUGUUCACUCAAGGCAAUCCAGGAAAAUACCCAGCAGAGGAUCUUGCUGCCGAAGGACUUGUUAUUGUCUCCGUUCACUAUCGAUUGAACAUUUUCGGCUUUUUAUCAUUGGAGACCCCGGAAGCACCCGGUAACUUGGGCCUUUGGGACCAGCACAUGGCCCUUCGUUGGGUGCAAAACAACAUUGGAAAAUUUGGCGGAGAUCCGACUCACGUCACACUUAUGGGUCACGGAUCGGGAGCGGCUAGCGUUUCCAUGCACAUGGUUUCACCAACCUCGAAAGGAUUGUUUGAACGAGUCAUAGUCAUGUCUGGGUCGCUUUUCGCACCAUGGGCCAUUUCGCACUAUCCGAAAGAUGCCGCUCAAGCUGUUGCCUAUUUACUUGGAUGUCGAUCUCAUCGUGUCGACGAACAUUUACUUCACUGUCUGCGAGAGCGUGAAGUGCCCGAUAUUCUUCAAGCCUUUUCUCGCCAUCAGAAAGAUCUGAACACCACUGAACUGUUUGGCCCCGUUGUCGACAGUUUCGUGCCGAUGGAGUCAGCCUUUUUCGGCAAAAAUCCGCAAGCAACUCUGCAGAAAGGCGAUUUCGAUAAGAAAAUGCGUGUCAUGACCGGCGUGGCAGAAAGCGAAGGCGCUGGCAUGUUGAGCAUGAUUCGCAAUUUGGCCCGUCGAACUUACGACGAUCUAGUGCAUUUGGUUCGGACAGCUUCGAUCCCGCGAGCCGUUGACUUUUACGGUUUUCGUACCGCAUGGCAAGCUGUCUAUCGCACGAUCCGUUACCACUAUUUCGACAAAGUUGCUGACAAAGAUAAGGCCGGCAUGUUGCAGCAGUUGCUCCAAUUCUACUCGGAAGCAUACUACAAGGCUCCGCACGAUCAUUUCGUCACCGGUCUGGUCCGAAACAACGUCCCGACUUACAUCUACCGUUAUGCUUACGCUACCUCCGAUCCGUUCAACAACGUUCUCAAUACAACAGGUGCUCCGCACGGCUCAGAAUUGCUGUACUUGUUCGGUCCCACCGUCUACCGUCAAGAGAUUGGCGUAGGUUUCAGCAGACAGGACGAGGCCGUCAGUGACUUGAUGAAACGUGCUUGGCUCGAAUUCGCUACGUUAGGAGACCCCACACCUUCACAAUUUGGAUUCAAAUGGGAACCGUCAACUAAAGAUGAGCUGAAAAACUACGAAAUCCGCGAACAAUUGGCUCGUGUACCUUACCCACGACACAAAGUGGAAUUCUGGAACGAGUUUUUACCGUCAUUGGAACGAGCUGCACGUGGAGAAGAAGACGUUGCCAAUCCUACCAACAGGCCCCCAUUCGACAGCCGAUUCCGUGGCGAUCCAACUCAGCCCUACCAGUCCAUCAUGUGGGUGUUGAUUGCGGCCAUUUCCGUCCUGUUGGUGGCCUUCAUUUUGAGUUUGGCCAGCAUGAGACGUAAAACGCCGCUUGUCUGAGGAUUUGCCGGCAGAACUACCAAAUAUCGCACCAGUGCAAUUCCACCAUCACCAUCACCCACAUCAUCACCUCCACCGCCCAUCUAUCAUGUCCAUCCUUCACCACCACCACCGUCGAAAUAUUACUUCAACCAUUCCGAUCAAGCGCCGUCUCGCCAUCUUCCUUCGCUGGAGAAGAGAUGCACCAUUCGAUUGAGGAACAAUCGACGCCUUCACGACCGUUUAAACGAUCGCUAUACCCUAAGUUAUCAUAGCGAUGAUGACUGCUAUUGGGUCAACCCCGUUCAGCGCUGCGACACCGUCAAAGCGGGACGCACAUGCUGGCUGCAGCUGGAGGAGCAAGCCAAAAUGGCUCGUCUGAGAAAGAAGAGACUGAACGACAAUCCGCAAAUCCGUUUGGCCAACAUUCUGCAUUCAUCGCUGGGCGCACUUCCGCCGGGCCAGGCACAGGUGCCUUUACGUCGUCGUCGUUCGGUAUCUCGUUUAGCCUACUGCUAUCAAUCGCAGCCCGAUUUGCGUUGUCGUUCGGCCGGCUUCCCGCACGCGGAUAAUCAUGAGCUCAUCCUGACUGCAUUGUGACUGACAGAGAUAGUUCUCGUCUGAUGGAUUUCUAAUGUGUGAUUCCUACAUUGUGUUACCGUUUUCCUGCCAUGAAGAAGAAUUGAGUUUGUUGUCAAUCCGAUUUGCAGUGCUGUUGUUUGGGGAUUCUGAAAACAACACGCACACAAAAAAAAGAAAAUAAUUCACAAAACUAUUAAAUAAUUAAGGUUAUUCAAGUGCCAGUGCUUUCUGCAUUUGUUUUUGUUUGUUUUCCUCUUUUUUUUUUUUUGAGUUUUGAGAUCGACACACAUCGUAAUCUUUUUGGAUACGUCUAUCAUUUUUAACACGCACCUUCUCCUUACACGAGGCACUAACAUUACAUAGUAGUUCUGUCGGCUGAUAGCCUACAUAUAAAAUUUUUGAUGUUCUUGCUGUACGUGUUCUUUUCUUUAAUGUAUGCGAUUGUGACAUUCUUUUUUUUAAAUGUUUUUUUUUUCCCAAUCUCACGCGCAAGUUUGUACAAGGAGUCGUUGUUUUGUUGUGAAUGUGACGAAUGCCGCUGUAUGCCAUGUAAGUCGAUCAGCGUCCAGAACCGGACAUUGUUGUUGUACGCGUCGAAUUGGAAUCAAUGCGCUCUCUUUUUUAGCCUGUACCAAUACAUUCAUUUUUGUUCCA